GCUCAUAAACAGCUAAUGGUUAGUGGGUAACUUUUUCCUCAGUGAUGAACUGCAGCUCACAGGACAGAAUGUGUGUCAAAGAUGUGAAGAUUCUUCCAAACUAUAACUCGUCUUACCUUCCCAUGAUGCCUGAUGGCUCAGUUCUCGUAGUCGACGACGUCUGCCACCAGUCAGCGGAGAUCACCAUGGCUUCAUUCUGUCGGAUAGACAACAAAUCAUCACAUCUACCUUGUAUGCUCAGUGCCCUGGAGGAGCAGACCUUCAUUUUUCAGCUGCAGCUACAAGAGAAAGAAGAACAGCAAUCCAGCAAGACACAAAGUGCUUUACAAGGGUUUGGAAGUCCCAUUGUUGCUGUCCUACAGUGGCACAGUCCAGUACAUCCUGCCAUGAGAUGCAUCUCUACUUGUUACUCGAUACCCAGUGUUCACUUAAAUCGUCCAGAGUUGGUGAUGAUGGCGUCCUGCCCAAGGACCGUCAGGCCUCAACAACACUUCUGGGUGAAAUACACACUGCUCAACAAUUUGCAAGAUUUCCUUGCUGCUCGUCUGAUCUGGAAUUCAGAGGGAGGAAGUCAGGAUCCCAGUGUGGGAGCGGUUGUGUGCCAGUCUCCACUCAACAACCUGGGCCAGUGUAAGAAAGGCUCCAUACUGUCCUUCACUGUGGCCUUCCAGAUUCUCAAAACUGGGAUUUUUGAGGUCAGGCGCUAUGGUGGAGCUCCAGACAACAACCUCUCCUGCAGGAACUGUUAAUCGAGCCCCUCACCUGUCCCCCGAUCCCAGCUUUGUUUCACUGGUAAAAAUAGCCAAGAGAGAGUGUAAGGUGCUAGUGCUGGAAUGAAUCAAAGAUGUACACAAAAGGUGAUCUGGACUGUGGGAGCUUAUGACAAAAGCAUCACUGUCCUGUGGCUGUGCUUCAACACAGAGCAGCCGUCAGAUCUUUGUCUUCAUCCCAAGAAGAAGCAACAAUCAUACUGUAAUAAAUGCUAAAGAUGGAGUCAGUGAAUGAGGAAUGAAACAUGAAUCAGAGGACUGGUGCUGAUGAGAUUCUGAUGUGAGCUCAGGUUAGUGGAGGGAUACUUCUGUUUGUUACGCUUCUAUCUGAUGACAAAUUCCCUCCAUCACAUCAACAUUUUUAUUUACUUUAAAGAUUUUCUUCACACUUUUUAAAAAUGUUUGUUUUUGCUAAAACUGUUUAACUGUGUAUCACUGUUAUUCAUACACGUCUCUGUUUAUAGUUGAAUCUGUUGGUUUCACUCGAGUUUCCUUUUAGGAUCAUCGAGUCAGGCUCAACAGCGUAAAGUAAGCUCCAGUAUGUUUCAUGUCUCACAAUGUGGACGUGAUAACAGAACUUUACGUUUUUGUAAAGAAAUGUUUUUUGUUUUUGUUUUGUUUUGCAUACUGUGCUGUCAACAAACCAUAAUGUCAUCACGUUUUAAUUUAACAUGUCAAAGGUUUACAGCUGGAUCUUGGCUUCUUGCCUCAAACUUAAAGGAUUUAUGUCUUAAACUAUUCUUAUGUCAGCCUCUAUGGUUUGCACUGACACUGAGGGGCUAAAAGUUUAGUUUUAUAAUAGGAUCCAGUCAGAGUGUGUCGAGCCCUUGCAGUAGUUAUUUACUUACUUUCAGUUUAUAUUAUCUUUUGAUUUAACUUCUAGCAGCACUUUCUAAUAUUUCAGACCUUCCUGCUGUGAUAUUUGCCCCCUCCUUCAUUUCCUUUGUGUUUUUCAUUUAUUAGACUUGCAUGUUCCAGAUCAUAAAAAAGACAAUAACCAGAGUAAAUAUCCCAGCAGCUGAGCUGGCGGGCAGCGCAGACGCUCAACUUUGUGAGCGUGGACCAAAAAUGGGCCCAAUGUGGCUUAGAAACAGCUGCUUGAGGUUUUUUUACAUAAAAAAAUUAACAAUUAUAAAAUUUGCACUUUAGUUGUGAAUACAAUUUUUGCUAACUCUGAUUUCAUUGCAUUAUCAUAAAACUGCUUUUUCUGUGCAGUAGAAAACGAGCGAUACUGUAGGAGGCUGACAGUUUAAAGAGGACGUACAGUGGGAUGCAAACGUUUGUGCAACCUUGUGAAUAGUCAUUAUUUUCCUGUAUAAAUCGUUGGUUGUUACAAUAAUUAUUGCACACUUCCUGUAAAUCCAAUAAACUUCAUUUCACU